UGCUUUUCCCAUAAAAUACAUGGUUCCGGCUGUUGCGCACCGUAAGGUCGUCGGAAUAGAAUUUACCUACAAAUACCCGGGUGGGAUACCCUAAACGCAGCUGUCAUUUGUACAGUAAGAUGACGUCUCCCUCGCCGUCACAUGACCCGCUCCUUACAGUAAAAACCCAACAUGGCAGCGGCAGUAGCUAUUCCACUGUAACUACAGCAACAAUCCCACAAAUACGGCAACACGAGCACAAAAUCGAGCCGCCGGUUGCGCUCCAACCGCAGUCAUGAGGGACAAGCCGAGGAAGAAGAAAGGGAGGACGUGGGCAGAGGCUGCCAAAACGGUGCUGGAGAAGUACCCCAACACUGCCAUGAGCCACAAAGAGAUCCUCCAGGUCAUCCAGAGAGAGGGGCUGAAGGAGAUAAGCGGCACCUCCCCGCUGGCGUGUCUGAAUGCGAUGCUGCACACGAAUUCCCGAGGGGAGCAGGGGAUUUUCUACAAAGUGCCCGGCCGCAUGGGAGUCUACACGCUGAAGGUGAGCGAGCGCUCCGCGGAGAGGCGCAGAACUGCGCGCGCGAUUCGUCUUCCGCUUCAAAGGCAGGAGGGGCGUCUUUACAGACGUUUGCUCGGAGAGGCAGCGGGCGUCCGCUUCGAGUUCGCAGAGAGCACGGAGAACGGGAACAACGCCAACAGCAAGGAGGGCCAGAGGGGCAAGUGGAGGAGGAGAGUGGCCUCCAAGCUGCAGUCCCAGCCGGCCUCACCUCAGUCCCGCUGCACCUCGCCGUCCGUUCCAGCCGCCAAAAUCAUCUCCCCCUCCCAGAAGCACAGCAAGAAGGCCCUCAAACAGGCCCUGAUGCAGCAGAGGAACCAGCGGCGGCAGGUCGGGAUUUCCGCUUCCUCCUCUUCCUCCUCCUCCUCUUCCUCCCAGCUGGUCCUGAAGAGGGCCAAAGAGAUGGCCGACCCCACCAGCAGCGCCAAGACCGCCUGGGAGCUGAAGAGGUCGACGCAGCGCGCUGCCAGCCCUCCGAACUCCUCCAGCUCUUCCUCAUCCUCCUCUUCGGCGAAAGCGGACCUCUGCUCCUCCGUCAGCACCCGCAAGAUGACCCAGCGGUCGGACCGGCUCAGCGCACGGCAGCUGAAGCGCACCAAGGGGGCGGAGAUCGACGUGGAGACGCCGGACUCCAUCCUGGUGAACACCAACCUGCGGGCGCUGAUCAACAAGCACACGCUCUCCAUCCUGCCGCCGGACUGCCAGCAGCGCCUGCUGCCGCUGCUCCCCGAGGUGGACCGACAGGUGGGUCCAACGGAGUGCUCUUGGGCGCCCCCUGCAGGCGAUUUCACCCCCGAGAUGCGGCUGAGGGUGCGGCAGGAGCUGGAGAAGGAGAAGAAGAUGGAGCCCUGGAAAGAGCAGUUCUACGAGAGCUACUAUGGCCAGACUUCUGGGCUCAGUUUGGAAGAAUCCAGAGAGCUGACGGUGGCGCCUCCCAGCCCGGAACGUUCCGAACCCCAGCCGGCUCCUCCUUCCCCUCCCCCUCCCGCCCCCCCUCCAAAGCAGGCCGAGCCUGUGGAGGGGACAAGGGUGGGGGCCGGGGAGGCUCACCCCGAAAAGGAAGAGAGGAGCCCCUCCCCCAGCUUAAAACAGGAGACGCCAGAGGGGGGGUCCGAUGCCGAGCCCGCAGCCGCCCCCCCAGACCAGCCGGUGGUCCCCGACACCCCUCCGGAGGCCCCCAAAACGCCAGAGGUGUCCUCACCGACACCCAGUGAUGAGGUCAGCCCCGCCCAAUCGGAGAGGGCCCCCAGGGAGAUUGGCCAAUCAGGAGAAGGGCUGGAGGGCAGGGCCAAAGUAGAGACCCCUCCCCCAAAAGACCAGAAUGUGGGGAAGGCCACACCCACCCAGGUGGAGACCCCCACCAGCACUGAAGCUCCUGAGUCGGAGCUUGUGGAGGCGGAGCCUGUGGGGGCGGGGCCUGUGGGGGCGGAGCCUGUAGGGGUGGAGCCCGUGGAGGCGGUGGCCCCGGAGCCCGUGAAGAGGAAGUGUUCCUCCAGUGAAGAGGAAGUGGCCCCCAGCCCAGAGAAGAGGCCUCGGGUGUCAGAGGUACCCCCUCUUCCCCCGACACCCCCUCUGCCCCCAACACCCCCUCCGAGACCCUCCCUCCAAAUCAAGGAGCGGCACACGGCACCCAGAGUCCCUCCACUCACGAUUCCAGUCUCGUGGAUCUCGUCCGGUCCGGGGGCCAGUGGGAGCCCGGUCUCUCCGCGGACGCCGUUCCCAGCCCCCCUCCCCAGCCCGGGGGGGCGCACGGGGGCUCGAACCCUCGCCGACAUCAAGGCCAAAGCGCAGCUGGCCCGGGCGCAGAGAGUGGCCGCCGCCGCUGCAGCCGCCGCCGCCGCCGGGUCGUCAGCAGGGGGCGCCGUCCCCGGGCCGGGACCGGGAGGGGGCGGUGGGGAGGCUGGCGGCUCCACCCCAACAACCCCCGAACCUGGGCUCCAACCCCAGCCCGGGACCCCCUCCUUUCAAGCACAGCUGCAGCCCGCCACUUCGACUCCCACCAAGCAAGCCCCUCCUACUGCGGUUACCACGGUGACCGCGCCGGCCAAUCCCCUGGGACCCAUCCAGUCUUCAGGUCUGAGCGGGACCCCCCAGAGAGACCCGCCUCUCACGGGGGCCAGCGGAUCGGCAGAGCCCCCCAGCCCAGCGGCAGUUUCUGCAGGGGGAAAGGCGGGGUCUUCAGCCGCCCAAAAGCCAUCGGGGUUCUCCACCGUCCCUCCCCAGGGGGUGAGGGCUGCUCCGUCCCGUCCGGUCACGCACCCCACCCCCACCCCGGCGCUCAGCCAGAGGACACCCCAAAUCCCGCAGCCCACGGGGCCCUGCACCAGGGCCACCUCCUCCAUCACCUCCAGCAACCCCCUGGUCACCAAACUCCUGCAGGGCCAGGAGGUGCCCCUGGAGCAGAUUCUCCCCAAAGCCCUGUCCCGACCUCGGCCCGGCCGGAGAGCGCUCGGGGGCUCCGGCCCGGCGGCGGGGGACGGCGGGGGCCCCGUCGGGGCCGAGGAGGACAGGCUGAGGGCCCCCGUGGCCCAGGACCCCGGCCCCCACCAGCACCAGCACCAGCAGCAGCAGCAGCAGCAGCAGCGGGAGAUGCUGAACCAGGCCACUCAGGAGCAGAUCCUGCACACGCUGAUGCAGCGCGCUCACCACGCCCAGCGCUUCUUCCCCCCCGCCUGCGCCCAGCUCGCCGGCCCGCCCCUCCCCCACCCCCACCCGAUGGGCCCGCUCCUCCGGCCCUCCGACUGCGCCCCCGUCCCCGUCCCCGUCCCGCGGCUCCCGCUGGGCUUCCUGUCCCGAAAGAGGCCGUCCCGCCCGGCCAUGACGGGACACUACCUGCUCAACGUCUCCACCUACGGGCGCGGCUCGGAGAGCGGGAAGAGGGCACACCUGGCCUCCGCCGUCCCCCUGGCCCACCUGAAGAGGGAGCAGGAGGAGGAGGAGCAGGAGGAGGGAGAGGACGGAGAGGAGGGAGAGGAGGGAGAGGAAGGGCUCGAGGAAGGGGAGGAGCAGAGCAUAGCGGGGCAGUGGAUGACCUGUGACCUUUCGGGGGUUAAGACGGAGACGCAGGGCUCCUCGGAGGACGCGGCAGACCCUCGCCAUCAGCAGCGCAGGAUAAAGUCGGAGUUUCCGUCGUUCGGACACGCCCCCGAUAGGGAGGGGUGUGGUAGUGGCGCUGUCGAACCCAGAGCCAAAGAGGUGGUCCGGACCCACCAGCCGGACCGGGUCGGCACCGCUCCGGGCCUGUCCGUGUCGGGGACUCCGGAGCCCCCUCGCCCGCCGGGCCCCCCCACGGGCCCCCACACGGGCCGCCGCUCACGCAAAGCGUCGUCGGAGGGCCAGGGGCUGUACAGCGGUCACCCGGGCGACCGCAGCCCCGCGGAGACGGGCGGCUCCCCCGGCUACAGCCCCGCCUCCGGCAGCGGCAGCGUCAUGUCCUUCUCGGUGACGGUGACCGCCAUCCCCGCCGACCACCACCACCACCACCACCGCCCCGGCGAGGCCCCGCCCCUGCCCGCCUUCGCGGAAGGCUCCGGAAUGGACGGCGGCGCCUCCAAGUGCUACUGCCGGCUGAAGGCCAUGAUCAUGUGCAAGGGCUGCGGCGCCUUCUGCCACGACGACUGCAUUGGGCCCUCCAAGCUCUGCGUGUCCUGCCUGGUGGUGCGGUAGCCGCUGCCCUGCCCCACCUACUGCUGUCUCUCCCGCACACACACACACACCGCACACACACACACACACACACACACACACACAAACACACAGUCACACAUACACGCACAUACUCGCGCACACACAUUUAUAGCAUUGACAAAGAAACCCAGCACCUUGUACUUAGAAUUUCAGCUCACUUGUGUUUUGUGAAUUUUGUGACAAAAAAAAAUUUGCACUUAGAGGAAAAAAAUAAUAAUUUUAUUGCACAAUAUUUUUGUUUAAAAACAAAAGGAAACUUAAAAAAAAAAAAACAACAACAAAAAAGGAGAAAAAAAAUGACAAAAAUAUUUUUCUAGAUGAUUUCUGAGAUGUCUGUGAUGGACAGAGCCUUCCUUAGUCGUGGAUCCUUUGUUGUUAUCGGACGCUUGUGCACAGAAUAGUUUGAGGAGAGGCUGUGGCAUUCUACCCGCGUUAAUCACAAGUCUGAUGGAAAACAGCGCUGGGUCCUUGUAGCGCGAGCUGAAGGUAGCGUCUGAAUGCGCGAUGAUCCUGUGUGUGCGUCAGCGAAGUUCUGAAUUGCACACGACGCAGCGCAUAUAAAUUGCUGUCAGUGUAACCUAAGGUCAUGGUUUUUAGUUCUGUUCAAAUGUCCCCUCCAACAGAAAUUAACUGCCAUCGCAACUAGCGGACAACCAAGUGUACAAAAAAAAAUGCAUUUCAUGUAGGCUACUGAGAGAGAGGUAAAGUGCUUUACUGGGUAGAAAAAAAUCAAAUCGUACAACUACCCACAAGCACCACUGAAUGGAAUGUGGACUGAAACCACCUUCUAAAACACUGAUCCACGUCCAAAACCCAGAUCAGACGUGCGGUACGGUACGCUGUUUCAAUACUGCACCUUAUGGUCAUCCACCCUGCUGACGUUUAAAACAUUUCUGCUCGUGGAAAGACAAAAACGGAUCUUGAGGUUUGAUUGGACAACGUGUGAGGGGGAAAUCUAGUGCAGUUUGAUAUCUGCCCUUUUGUACUGUACUGGCCUUCUGCUCAGAGUUAGGCUAUUUUCUGAUGCGUUCUGGACAGAGAGGAUCGUUUAGAUCAGAGUAGUAGCGAAUCCGAAAGGGUCUGGCUGGCUAAAUAUAAAACGGACCGUUUCUUAGCUGUGAAGAUGUGCAAUGAUAGCCGGCUGGAAGGAAUAUUGCCGGCGCGGUGCGCAAACGGCUUUCGUUCGCCUGGGGUGCCGUUUAGACUGCCGCGUAGAUCUGAUUAGAAUCCGUUAUGAAGCUAAAAACAAUUUUUAACCGACGCCAAACAAACAGCAUGGAAACCGAUCAUUUCAAAUGUCACAGUUAGCAACAUUUGUGCGUGGUAUUCCAUUCAAAUUUCCUGGAUGUGACCUGUGUUGUGCGGACGUACAGACUGAAUUUCUCUUCGCUUUUGUGUGUUUUGUUUUCUUUUUUUGGCGCUGUCGCACGUUGCUCUCUUGCUGCGCGUGGCCGUUCGUUUGGCUGGCGCGCGUGGCGUUUCAGAGCGCAGAGGCGGAGCCCCGUCACACGCACGUCACGCGCGAGAUGGGAGUGUGCACAUUCAGCGCCGGGCCUGGGGUAUCUGCCAGUCUGACGGUAGCCUUAAAGAGGACUCCCGAUACCUGAACUCACGGUCGUCAGGUGGAGUUUUUCUCUCAGUGAUAAACACACAGCAUACUGCCGAUUUUCUUCACGCAAACUGCUUUUACCGUUAUUUUUCUUCCUCCGUAACUUUGCUUUCCACAAGAGUGAAUACCUUAUUUUGUAAUUACUUUUGUAAUUAUUUGUUGUUUUGUUUUUGUUUUUUGCAAACCGUGAAACUGAAUGUUGAGAAACAAGAUUAUUCAAGGGUCGUUUAUUGAGGAUAUUCUAGUUAUUUUGGAGUUGCUUUGCUUUGUAAAUAUUAUCGUUCUUGUGAACUGGCUUUAGAAUUGUAUUCCUUCUUGCUCCUAACUGUCCGAUAAUUUCCUUUGCUUCUUUUCCAAACCGAGCAACUGCAUCAGUUUUAUAUCGAAUGAAAAAAAGCUAAGAAUUCUGCUUGACAAAUGUAUAUUAAUAUUUUAACCAACAGCGAGCACGAUUUGUGUGACAGCUGAAAGCAAUAACAGAUCAGUGCCCUAAUGCAAUAAUAUUAUUAAUAAUAAUAAUUAAUAAUAAUAUAUAAUAAUAAUAAUAAUCAAUACUAUUGCUGUACAUCCCUUUCACAAUGAAAUCAUGGAAAACAAACCCAGGGUAUGCAUGCUGAAGACCAAUAAAUCUAUAACUCAAGUCUAUUAACCAUAUUUUUUAAAAUGUUUGUUCCAAGUUCACGUGAAAUUUAAGUACAUUUUAUAUGAAUCAUUUCUAAGGUGUUAUUACCAAAGACACCACAUACGAAUAGGUGUUCAAAUCUUGUUUUUUUAAAUGUUUGAACGAGUUAAAAAGUAAUAUAUUUUAAGUAAUAUAUUUUAAUAUAUAAACUCUAUUUACAAAUAACCUAAGUGAUAUCAUUUCAAAGAAAGAAAAAACAGGGUAUUUAAUAAAAUGCCACGAUAACCAUCCUAUUUUGUUGGUUAUGACUGGACUACAUCAGAGUAUGUUUUUAAAUUUUUCCUAGAUCCAUGCAAUAUCAUAUGGCUCCUUGCAAAUCAUUCUUAGACGACGGGGUGUACUUGGGGAUUUUAGCAGAGACUUUAAUAUGUAUAUGUCUUUACACCCGUUUGGAAAUUCAAGCAUGAAAUGAAAUCGAGAGCCAAAUGUAUAUGAGUAUAUGACUCGAUUCUGAAAUACAUAAAGGGACAAGAGCACUUAAUUUUUCCAAAUAAAAGAUGAAAGAUUGCUCGAAGCGGACUAAAACUCAGCUCGCUCCGGAUCAGGUAGCAUCAGGGACUCGUAAGCAGGAGUCUUCAUGCGGGUAGGCCUUAGAUCCGUUUUUAAAAAGCCGUUUGGAAACCAGUGCUACAAACCUCCUCAAAGCUAUUCAAUGCAAAAAUAAACAAAUAAAAAUAUGGGUAUCAUCUCAAAAUAUAUUUGUCAGAUGUGAAAGAUAUUUGCUCAUUCUCAGCUGGAGUCUUAUGCAAACGUUUUUCAUGCCAGAGUUUACUCAAUUAUGCUUUUUUAAAAAUCUGACUUUAAAAGACCUGCUGUUAACAGUCAUUCUUCUCUACACCCGAAGCUCUGUUGCCCAGCAGGGGCGGGGCCUAUUCGCAGAUUUCAUUUGCAGUCUUAAAACAGUUUCUUUCUCUUUCUCUUUUUCCCCCCUCCCCUUGCUGCUGCAUAAUGCAUUAGCGGCAUUAAGGUAAUGCACUGCAAGCAUUAAAGAGUCAUUCGCUUCGCGGGGGGGGGGGGUUUAACAGGGAAAUGUUAUGCAAGUAAAGAGGAAACAAGACUGCCUUAAAUUCAUUAUUGAUUUGAACUCAGCGCAUUCACUUUCGCCAUGGCUACCCACAUCAAUUGACCCCCCUGCCCCCUCCCACAGACACUUACGCUUCACCUGACAUUACAAAUAAGAAGAAGAAAAAAGUUGAUGUACCCGCUCCAGUUCCUCAGUUUUUAUCUCCGAUUGUGUGUGCGAUAUUUGCGGUCAAUCUUUCAGACCAAAGAUAGUCAACUCAACUCUUACACUUCUUACACAAGCCAUAAUAGAGCAGCUUCAGGUUUAGUCACCAGGUCACCACUGGACUACCCCACAAGAUGCUGUUUCCCCGUUAGCAGACGGCUCAUCAGUUUGCUGAAAACGUUUAUACCGAAUACCUCACACUGAUUUAGUAACAGUUUGCUCACUGUGUUUUUUUGCCAAUUUAUUUCUAAUGAGUGACACACAUACAAUACAUUAUUACUCAAACGUCCAUUUUUGAUUUUAAAAGCCAACAUGAUACGUGUUUUUUUAAUAAACAACAUGUCUAAGCCAUCUUUCAUCUUUCGCAGAAAAACAAACUGUAAUAAACUCGGGGUUCGCAAACACGGUCCCAGGGGAUCCCUUAUAUGCUGGUUUUCAUUCCAGCCGUAGCUGCGCCUCUGAACUUUAACGAUCCGUUAAUUGUGCUUAAUUAGACACUCUUUCGUUAUUCGUUCCUAAUUCCGUGCGGCACACUGGCCCACGUGCGUGCCUCGGGAUGUGUCAUCAGCCGGCAUGCCUAAUGCUUUCAUCUUCCGGCACGUGGCAAAUGACUCUUUCAGAAAGCGCUUUCAUUUUUUUUUUUUUUUUUUUGAAUAAUAGAUACUGAAUACUCAAUAAAUGAGUUCCAAUCUAUGGGAGAAUGGCCUCUUAAACCAAAUCAACGUUAAAGAAAAUCCUUCUGAAAGAGUGGAUGUUAAACACCCGUUUUCAACAACAUGAAUUCGUCGAGAGGUUGGCUUUAACGUAAACUAGCAUACAGUGGCGGGUCCCCUCGGACAGAUUUGGGGGAACCUGUGUCAUGAAGUCGGCCUAACUGUGGAAUUUUUGUAGAUAAAAUCGUGGCAUACUUUUUAAUCUUGACUUUCUGACUGUGCGGACACUGCUGAUGGCAAAUCGUUUUUGAUAAUCAGAGAAAUAUUUCUUGUGAAAAGUCUUUGAAGGGACUGAUAGGUAAUUCAACACCUGAAGCUGGGUGGCGGGGCGGGGAGGGGGGUAAUUUUUAGAAAAUCAAACUUUGCUAUUUUUUAGAACAAUAAAAUAAUUUUUAUUUAUUUAAUAACAUAUAUUUUGUAUAAAUAAAAGAAAGGUUAUCAAAAAAAAAAACAGAUUAUCUAUUGCCUUUCAUGUGCAUUAGUUUCAAAGUGAACGUUCGCUGUGGUCAAUCACUGCAUGGCAAGGGCGUAAGUUUAGUUUGAAUAUUGGGGGGGUAGAAAUGCAUCCAUCCUGAGAACUCCAACCCUAUAGGGGGGUCUAGGGACAUGCCCCACCACCCCAGAAGAAAUUUUUAAAAUGAACAGCUGUGAAAUUAUCAUUUCUGGUGAAUUCCAAGGGGGAAAUACUUCAGACUACUGAUUAGUAUAUCCCAAUUACAACAGGAAGCCCCAUCUUUAAUAUACAAAAUUAAUCAUAUUAUUGGGGGUGGGGGGGUGGGGGUUGGAACUCAAAAGACAUGCAUGUCAGGUGCACUCCUGCAGGUGCCCUUGACCAAGGCACUAGCCUCAGAGCUGGAGUCAGUCCCCGGGUGCUGCACUGUGGCUGCCCCCUGUUCCUAGGUAACUAAGGGUGGGUCAAAUGCAGAGGACAAAUUACCCCACGGGGUUCAAUAAAAAGUAUAUCUUACCUCUUAUCUUAUCUAAUCCCCCAAAAAUUACGCCCUUGCUGCACGGAUGGGGGGGGGGUGGGGGGAGCUGACGUGGGACUCCUCGUUACUCACGAGAUCAAGCCGGCGUCUUCUGGGAGAGAGGACAGUUUAAUCCUCUCUCAUUUCCUUUCUUUACGCGACGAGCGCAAACCUGCUGUUCCCUCUUCCCCAGGGAGCCCCCCCCCUAUUCCGCACAUCUCUCUCUCUCUCUCUCUCUCUCUCUCUCUCAUCGCGCGUUCCCAAUAAAGGCGGGGAAAAGCCUCCCUUGAUCAUCCAGCGAAAACGAGCGUAGCGGGACGCCGCGUGAGCGCGAGGACUUAACGACUGUUUUUAUUCAAAAAGGGACUCCUGCCCCCCCCCCACCCCCCAGCCCCCGGCCCCCAGCCCCCCAGCCCCCGGCCCCCGGCCCCCGGCCCCCCACUAGUCAUAAUACGUGUUGUUUUACCCCCAUGCUAUUGUCCCACUGUGCGGAGUCCGUUUGCUUUUUUAUAUCUGGUGCUAUGCUGAAGACAACCAGGGGGUCACAAUUUAGCGGGAGUGCAAGCUUUAGAGAAGUCACGGAGGGAGGUACAGCUACUCGAUCGCAUGCUGGAUUGCAUUUUGUAUUUCAGUGUAAAAAAAAAAACAAAACAAGAACAAGGCCAGGUCAAAACCUAGCAUAUGGCUGGACCUAACACACUUCAUCUGGCCGACCAAUGGUGUAACUUCAUAACUCGGCCAACCAAUGGUGUAACUUCAUCACUCGUGUCACUCAGUCACAGACAUUUGCAUUUGUAGGGCUGGCCCCGCUGUUGCGGUCCAGCCAAAAACGAGUCAACUGCUCUUUAAUAUCACCAUGUAAAUCACAUAAUUUCCAUACUCUCAAUUUUGUUUCAAUUGUCAAUAUUCAAUAGCAGAAUCGUGUGCAACAUUCAGUAAUUAUUAAUAAUUGUUAUUUGUGUUUUUUUUCCCUUUUGACCAUUGAAUCAUGGGUAAAUAUUGGUUUACACCGCAUUUAGGUGUCAAAAUAAAAGCUUUACAUCCGUAUGUUUUCUUGUCAAUGAAUAUGAUGUUCUGUCCAUCUCAUGUCAAGUGGGGACAAGUGGGCACUUGUCCCAAGUGAAUUUUCUGCUUAAAUGGGGUCAAAAGGAAUGGGAGUGUAACAAACUGAAUAAUGACUGACUGCUCGGUGUUCUGAUUCAGAAAGGAAAGCUGUUUGGGAGUGUCUAGCUGAGCAGAAGAAGCCCUCGAUAUAAAAACUGUUAACUGCAUUGCACUUUGUUCUGUUUGUGUUCUAAAUCUGAAGGCUUACGUUAAAUGCAGUGUGCCACUCCCCCAAAAAAAACCCGUUUCUGAGAGUGAAAGACGAACGCCACUGUGGUCUGACCUCGUGCUGGUCUGUGUCCCAAAAAGGAGGUCAUUUGUGUGAAGGUGUGUGUAUGUGUUCCUGUGUGUGUGUGUGUGUGUGCACGCACGCCUACAGGGCUGGUUCAUUGGUAGAGAGGGUGGUUGCCCUGGGUGCCAUCCAUUUGAGGUGGAGGGGGGUAACAUUUAUGAAAGUUAAUGUUAGCCCCCCAAUACAGAGUCGCUAUGUUAACCCCCCUACACACACAGUCCGCAAUCAUCUCCUACUCCUCCCAGCCCCCCCCCAGUUUGCAAUCUUACAGUGGCAGAAAGGCCAAAGCUGUGCGUGCGUGCGUGCGUGCGUGUAUGUGUGUGCUCGGAUAUUUACCCUCACACAGAUGUGUGAAUUCCUCCUCCUCUGUUUUCUGUCUCUUCUUUUGCUGUUGUUACUCUUUUGAGGGAAAGAGAAACAACCUCUUUAAAAACUAAGAAUGUAAUAUAGUAGUCAGCAAUAUGAUUUUAAGAAAAAGUGUAUUUUAUCAUGCAAGUUUUAAAGAAAUAAUAAAAAAAAAUAAGAUGUU